ACAUAUGCUGCCGUGGCAGUUCCAGUAAGCAAAUAUCCAAUCAAUACCCACAACCUCGCCGGCGCAAAAACGGUCGCACACUGGUCGGAGCUGAAAAUAAUGAGAAAUCCAAUCGGAGCGGCGAGGGCUUUCGAUAAGAUAUCACGCGGCGGCCUUCUUUCAUCGUCAAUGGCCUCCCAAUUCGGAGGCAUCAGUUUUUCUUCAACAGCAGGCUUCAAUUUUUCCUGCAGUGAUGAGUCUACUAGAGAGUCACUCCUUGGGAGAGAAACAAGGAACAUAUCCAGGGGAGAUUGUUUAAAUCAUAAACUUGCCAGCUUGAGUGGGAUAUCUAGUAGUUUUCAUGACGCCUUGUACUUUUCCAGAUAUAAUUACAGCACCCAUUGCUCUGAUAAAUCCACAAGAGAAUUAAUAAAUAAGGGGAUGGAUGUGAAUUGUGAAGAGAUGAUCAACUACUUCUCUAACAUAAGACCCUUGUCUAUAUUUGAUCAUGGCUAUAAGAUACUAUGGCCUGUUGAAAUUAUGAGAGCUUAUAGAAACAUUCCUUCACAUGUGAAGAUAGUAGAGGUUGGUCCUAGGGAUGGAUUACAAAAUGAAAAGGAGAUUGUACCAACUACAGUAAAGGUCAAGUUGAUAAAAAUGCUUGUUUCUUCAGGAUUGCCUGUUGUUGAGGCUACAAGUUUUGUCUCACCAAAAUGGGUUCCACAACUAGCAGAUGCAAAGGAUGUAAUGGAAGCAAUUCAAAAUGUUGAAGGUGCUAGAUUUCCAGUGUUGACUCCCAACCUUAAAGGUUUUGAAGCUGCUAUUGCAGCUGGAGCUACGGAAGUAGCCAUUUUUGCCUCAGCUUCUGAGUCUUUUUCAAAGUCAAACAUCAAUUGUAGCAUUGAAGAUAGUCUUACUCGUUAUCGUGAUGUUGUUUCUGCUGCAAGAGAGCUAUCAAUUCCUGUCCGUGGAUAUAUAUCAUGUGUCGUGGGUUGUCCUGUGGAAGGAAUGGUGCCUCCAUCAAAAGUUGCAUAUGUGGCUAAACAACUUUCUGACAUGGGUUGCUAUGAAAUCUCCCUUGGUGAUACAAUUGGUGUUGGUACACCUGGUACUGUCAUUCCAAUGCUUGAAGCUGCUCUUGAUGUUGUUCCAAUUGAUAAGCUUGCUGUGCAUUUUCAUGACACUUAUGGGCAAGCCCUUUCAAAUAUUUUAGCAUCUCUCCAAAUGGGGAUCAACACUGUGGAUUCAUCAGUUUCUGGUCUUGGAGGUUGUCCAUAUGCUAAGGGUGCUUCUGGAAAUGUUGCCACUGAGGAUGUUGUUUACUUGCUAAAUGGUCUUGGAGUAAAGACCAAUGUGGAUCUUGGAAAACUGAUGUUGGCUGGAGAUUUUAUCUGCAAGCAUUUGGGACGGCAAUCUAACUCAAAGACUGCAAUUGCCUUGAGUAAGAAAACAGCAAAUGCCUCCAAGCUUUAAGGUACAAGACCUAAGUCAUUCGUUACCAUACUCGAAAAUUGUAUGUGUUACACUUUAACCCUGCUUAUUUGUUGUUGGAUUAGUAUUUCUAUAUAUCAUACCAUGUAAGGGAUCCAAUCUCAUUGAAUAAAUAAAACUUCUCUGGAAUAAAAUCUUUUGCAACUCCUUAAAGGUUGCAAACUUGUUUACCAAUAUGUGGUCCUGGAGGAAGCUUGCUCCAACCUGAAUGUUAACGUGUUCUGAAGCCCUACUGUCCAAGUUACCCGGUUGUGCUGUCAUUGUCCAAAUCACUAGGGCUUCGUUUGUUGGUGCUUUCUCACAGCCUUUUUCAUAUAAUACCUUAUGAAAAAAAAUGUAGAUUUAUAACUCUUAAUUAAUUUUAAUUAAUUUU